AUGACAGAGGUGUUGACUAGAAGUCCAGCGCCUUUUCCCUACCCCCACGACGCCAGAGACCGAGUCCCUAUCAUAUUGACAGCCCUCGCUCAGAUCCAAACACAGCCAAAGCAAACUUCCCUGAGAGAUAGAAAGGAUUUGGUAUCUGUGGCGUUUACAGAUCCUGCAAUGGAGAAAGGGACGAAUUCACGGGCAUCAUCCGGACCUUCGUAUGAGGUUUUUCUAUGCUUUCGAGGAGUAGACACCCGUCAUCAAUUCACCGAUUGUCUUUACCAUGGCAUGGUUGAUGCUGGGAUCGUCGUCUUCAGGGACAAUGAAUCCCUCCAUGUCGGUAAGGAAAUUGGCAGUGAACUUCUGCAAGCAAUUCAGAACUCCAAGAUCUACAUUCCUAUAUUCUCCAAGAAUUAUGCUUCAAGCCAUUGGUGCCUCCGAGAGCUCGCACAUAUGGUCGACUGCACCUCGAAAUCGAAUGGGAACAAAGAGAUUCUGCCCAUCUUCUUGGAUGUGGAACCUGAAGAUGUCAAGCUCAAAACAAACUUGUACAGACAAACCCUUUCAAAGCGCCAGAAGACGUCGUGCCCUGAAGUAGAGUCAUGGGAAAAGGCUCUCACUGAGGUGGGCAGGAUAAAGGGAUGGAACUGGAAGAAAGACCGAGGCCAAGGAGAUCUUAUACAUUCGGUAAUUCGAACAGUUUCGGCUAAGCUGAAGAUGACACAUGAAAAUGUGACUGAACAUCUAGUUGGAAUUGGUGAUCGUGUAGACGCUAUAAUCAAAAUGUUGGACGUGGGAUCUGACAGUGUACGAUUUCUGGGAAUCCACGGAAUGGGCGGUGUUGGCAAAACAACCCUUGCUAAGGUCGUCUUCAACGAACUAUCUUCUAACUUUGACCGAUGUUGUUUCCUUGCAGACGUUCGGGAAUCAUCAAAAGACAAUAAUGGUAAGGUAAAGUUGCAAAAACAACUGCUAUCCAACCUCCUUGGUUCUCAUUCUAUUGCCCAAAUUUGUCACGUGAAUGAUGGGAUCAACAUGAUGAACAAGGGAGUACUUAAAAGUAAAAAAGUUCUCAUUGUUCUAGAUGACGUGGAUGAGAAAGAGCAAUUUAGAAGUUUAGCAGGAAAAUGCAAUUGGUUCGGCUCUGGUAGCGGGAUCAUCGUGACCACUAGGGACCAAAGUGUCCUAAUGAUAGAGGGAGAAGCAACAAGUGAAGGGCUGGCAAACAUUUCGACUUACGAUGUCCAGGAAAUGGAAUUUGGUCAUGCUCUUAAGCUUUUCAGUAAGCAUGCCUUUAGAAGAGACUCUCCACCGGAUCAUCGCAUCUCCCUUUCAAAAGACAUUGUCCUUACUUUGGGAAAGCUUCCUUUAGCUCUUGAGAUUACAGGAUCCUCCCUUAACAGUAAACCUGAAGCGUUAUGGGUAGACACAUUGAAGAAGCUAAAAGAAGCUCCUCCUAUGGGAGUCCAAAGAAAAUUGAUGAUAUCUUAUGAAAGGUUAGAUUAUGCACAAAGGCAAGUAUUUUUGGAUAUAGCUUGUCUCUUCGUAUAUAGGGAUAAAACAUAUCCUUUCUACAUGUGGGAUGCCUGUGGAUACUACCCACACGAUGCCCUUGAAGCCCUUGUUCUCACAUCCUUGAUAAAAAUCAAGUACGGCAGUACUUUAUGGAUGCAUGACCAAGUGCGAGACCUCGGAAGGGAUAUCGUUCGUCAAGAGAAUUUCAACGAUCCCCGUGAGCGUAGCAGAGUGUGGAAUCCCGAGGAAGCUCUGAGCAUUUUGAAGUGGAAAGAGGGGAGUAGGAAAAUAGAAGCACUCUCACUGGGAUGGCUUCAUGAUGAUGAAGACCUGAUUCGAAAGCAUGAUGAAUUUGCUAAUUUACGAAGCCUGAGGUUCCUAAAAGGGAAAGGGGUCAUCCUUGUUGGAGACUUCAAUAAUCUUCUAUCCAGUUUAAGAUGGCUUUCUUGGAGAUAUUGCUCUGACCAGUUUGAGGCAACAAAUUUUCAUCCGACUAAUCUAGUCGUUCUUGACCUUUCAUACAGCAAUAUUUCGGAGGAAUGGAAUGGGUGGAGCCAAAUCAGAGAGAUAAGUAAACUAAAAGUGCUAGAUCUCAGCUACUGUAAAUGCUUAAAGAGAACACCUGAUUUAUCUACGUGGGGAUCGUUGGAAAAAUUGAUUCUUGCAGGCUGUGAAAACUUAAUUGAAAUUGACCCAUCCAUUGGUAAAUUAAGUCUCCUAACUACUUUGGAUUUGUCUAGAUGUGAUUCUCUUCGAGAGGUGCCUGAAGAAAUUGGAUGUCUACAACCUUCGACAGAGAUUGUCAUGCCUUAUCCGCAAGAUUUACUUCCGAAGACGUUAGGUGAUAUGCAAUCAUUGUUGACCUUUGUUGCAAACUCGUAUACCAUCAAUCUGCCAUUAUUGAUUGCAGUGCUGGCGAAUGUUAGGCAGUUGGAUCUAUCUGAGUGUACAGACAUAAAGGUACUUCCGAACUCGAUUGGGAAAUUAAAAUCAUUAGUCAAGUUGGAUUUAUCGUCAACAAGCAUUGGUCACCUACCUGAUUCAAUUGGUAAUCUAAAACAAUUGAAAGUACUUAGGAUGAGGAACAUAAGUGGGAUAAGAAAAUUACCAAGUGCGGUCGGGUUGUUGGAGAAGCUUGAAGAGUUAGAUGCUAGUGCAUGUUGCAACUUGACCGGCAACAUCUCUGAAGAAAUUGGGAGACUGUCCUGUUUGAGAAUCCUAAACUUGUCGGAUACACGUAUAUCCGGAUUAUCCACCACAAUGAGUCGCCUGUCUAGUCUCCAAACACUUGAUCUAGCACCAUGUCCUGAGCUUAAACAGUUGCCGGAGCUUCCCCCAAGUUUGACUUGUCUGAGAUGGGACCCUAAUAAGUGGGGUUCCAUCAUCGGCUCGACGGUGUAUGAGCAGGAGACACCUACUCCUGCACUUCCCAGUAACAAUGGGGCCCUAUCUCAGCAAGAAACACCUAUCCCUGCUCUUCCCACUAGCAUCUUUACCCUCUCUCAGUUGGAAACCCUAUCAGUGUCCUGCGAAAACGUGGAAUUCCUCCCCCAGCUCCCGUCUAGUCUAAGAGUGUUAGCACUUAGGUUACUGGCGACCACACGAUCGCCGGAUUUUUCGAAUUUGAAAAACUUGUCAACCUUGAUGUUCUAUGGUUGUUCAAUGCCGGAAUUCUCUGGUAUAUUUGAUGCAGAGUUGAAGAUCUUCCGGAUGGAGCUCUGCAAGUUUAGAAAACUGGAUGCACUGUUUCAGGUAGAAAUGAAAGAAUUGAGAAGUUUAAUGAUGUCUAGGUGUGAGUUCCUCCCAGAAGUAGUUGAUCUGUCGCGCAUGAAGAAUUUGGAAGACGUGCAUCUGUCAAACUGCAAGUUGUUAGUCGAGAUUCGUGGCCUCGAAGAAUUGGGAUCCCUUUGCUUCCUAGUGGUCAAGCGUUGCCGUUCCAUGAAGGGGAUGUCAGACCUAUCGAAAUUGAAAAAGCUAAUGGAACUAAGUGUAACAGACUGUCCAAAGCUAAGAAGCGUGGAAGGUCUAAACCGGUUGGAAUCUUUAAGGUGGUUGACUAUUAUCAAUGCCGGAGAGUUUCAGGGUGACACCUCAGAUUUGAAUUUGGAGCAUUCUCUUAUUAGGUGA